AUGUCGACCUCAGCGGAAGCGAUGCCAGCGGGUGAACCCAGCCAGGCAACACCAACUUCUUCUACAGACAAGACCACCACGACCGCCGCUGCCGCCAGCACGGCGCAAGACGAGCCGCAGGCCAAGCUGCCGCCGCUCUCCGCGGCCGACUUCCGGGUGUACAACCACAUGGCGGACCACAUGGAGGUCUACCACACGCACUUCCGGGCGACGUGGAACCUGCUGUGGAACGCGUGCGCGACGGGCAAGCGGCCGGGGGGCAUGUCGCUGCGGGCGUUCGUGGGCGAGGGCCUGCAGUUCGUGCGGCACCUGACGCUGCACCACAACAUCGAGGAGGCGCACAUCUUCCCCGUGCUGGCGCGGCGCAUGCCCGAGUUCAAGGCCGGCAAGGGCAACGGCGCCGCCGAGCUGCUGCGCCAGCACCGCCAGAUCCACACGGGGCUCGACGCCCUCCAGGCCUACCUCACCGAGGUGCGCGACCGCGGCCGCGAGCUCGAGCUGCCCGUCCUCAAGGCCGUCCUCGAGCCCUGGGGCGAGGUCCUCUGGGCCCACCUCGACCAGGAGGUCAAGACCCUCGGCGCUGAGAAUAUGCGCCGCUACUGGACCCUGGCUGAGAUGCGGGAGAUGCCUAUGUAA